AAGCAGUCUGAAUCAAUAAUUUAAUAAGUUCAGUUGAUUCGAUAUUGAAGUGAUGCCUAAAAUUAUUAAAUUAAUUUUGGUAUUUUUAUCAAUAAUCUCAAAACUCCUUGGUGAUGAUUUGACAUCAGAAUCAAUUGUUUGUGAUGGUCCAGCUUAUAUUAAUGAUGUGGCAUUUCUAAAUCUUGGAAUAUAUAGAGGAUAUAUGAGCGAUGGAAGUGAAUAUCAAAAGAGUUACUUCAUCCCCAGAACACUUAAAGCGGAUUGGGCACAAUCGAAAGGACUUUGUAAAGCAUUUGAUCUUGAACUAGCAACAUAUGAGACAAUAAAUGAAGCAUUAACAUUCCUUAAAAUAAUCGAAAACUUUAACGUCACAGCAGUGCUUCCUACUCCAAAGUACCUUUACAUUGAUGGUUUUACAAUAUCUGGUCCAUCAAAAACUGAUUGGUACUGGACAAAAAAUGGCAAUAAAAUCUUAUAUAAUAUUCCAUGGGCACCAUACGAACCAACUAUAGGAGAUUACAACGAGAAUUGUUUGUCAAUUGGUAAAAAUCGUUUAGAUUUGGCUUGGGGAUUUAAUGACAUUCACUGUCAAAAUGAGAAUAAGACAUUUAUUUUCAUAUGUCAAAGAAUGGAUUUUCAUCUUCCUACUCGUGUCAAUUGAUUCUAUUUUAAAGCACUAAUAAAAUUAAAAUCAAGCAAA